AUGAAGUCAGGCACGCCGAGGAGCCAUAAGAAUGAGGUGGUGGUCUAUGUGUGCGAGACAUGUGGGAAAAGGUACCCAAGAAAACAUCCGGCACUAUGCCAUGUACGAAAGUGCACUGCCCCAAGACCACCACCUGUUAACGGGCACGAGUGCCUAGUUGAGAAUUGCGGCAGGGUGUUCGCUACAAAAUCUGGCUUCUCGCAGCACGAGAGACACGAACACCCAGUAGUGAGAAAUGCGGUCCGGGCAGGCGGGAUCGCAAGAGGUGACGUUCAGUCACCUCGUAGAAGAGCGUUAAGAGUUUUCACAGAGGCGGAAGAAGACCUGAUGUUGCGGCUCGAACUCAGGUUCAGAAACGAGAGAAACGUGGCCAGUCUAAUGACCGAGUUUCUCCCAGGCAAAACUAACAAGCAGAUCAGAGACAAACGAAACAUUGCUGCUUACAAAAGGCGCCUCGAGGAACUUUUUGCUGUGAACAUUGAAGAGGAAGCCGAGCCAGAAGAAGUAGAAGAGGAUAUAGCAGAGGAAGAAAUUAAAGAGGAAGUGGAUGAAGAGGAGAAUGAUGUGCCCGAGGAGGCAGAUGAGUUGCUUAUCCCUCCCGGGGAUCCGCCACAUCAAAGCGAGGAAGGGCAGCCUCGUGAAGAAAACGGUGCUGAGGAGCGACAGCCCGUUGAAGAGGCCUCGGACUCUCUGCCGGAAACAGCCUGGAGAGAGGGAAUAGCAAGAAAAGCGUUGGAAGUAGAGCCCCCAAACGCUAUUCCAUCCGAGGCCGCAGCUUGCGUCCAGCUGCUCAGAGGGGUCCUGGCGCGGAUAGUCUGUGGAGAUCCGCCAACGCACGAAGAAUAUGAUACACUAGACAAGGCAAUCGAGGACUUCUUCCGCGCCAACGCAGACAACCCUAAGGGGAAGAAGCGCAGCAAGGAAGAAGUCAAAAAGAAAACUAAGAAAAGCUACAAGCAUGCCAGGACCCAGGAGUUGUACAGGCAAAAUCCAGGCCUUUUGGUCAAAUAUGUAAGGGAGGGUAUUGACUGGACCAAGGAGGCUAAGCCCAAUCUCGGUUCAGAAGAUAUCAAAAGCCUGUACGACUAUGGGGUACGACUAUGGGGUACAAAGACCCACAUUAAAACUCCCAAAUUCGGGGAACCGGGUCCGCCGCUGGAGUUGGGACGCGUGCUCUCUCCUAUCACAUCAAAAGAUGUGAGGGAUAGGAUCACGCGGACCAAGGCCACGGUGGCCGCGGGGCUUGACGGCCUAACCAAACGAGACGUGAGCCCAUUGGCGAGGGCAGAAAUCUUGCGACUGUGGUUCAACAUAAUUAUGGCAAGAACAUGGCAGCCAAAAACGUGGAGGUUAAAUAGAACCGCUUUGUUGCCCAAAGACGGCCUUGACCACACAAAAGUUACAAACUAUCGGCCGAUCACAAUCAGCUCUAUUCUGUCACGAUUAUACUAG